GAGAGCAGUAAACUGUGAGCUGACACUGCUGUUUAAACACGACAGCAAGUCAAUGCAGGAUCAAAUCUUUUUUAACUGGCUAAAUUCCAGCAAAGCUUAGUGAAUCAUAAGUGUGUAUCGGGUUUAUUGUACACAACAAUGAUAAAGAAGUGGAAUGAACGUCUUGAAAUGAGCAGUUCCUCGCGGACUUGGAUCAUGCAUUGAUCUCGACGCUUAACAUUGGGAAUGCAGAGCGACUGUUCCACUGAUCUGGACUCAACAGCUCAAGAGUGGCGGACAGAAGCGGCAAAACAACCGAGCUUGUCGCUGUGACUUCUGUGGACCAGUACCCCAAUGGAAUAUUUCGGACAGACGCGUUUUGGAGUUUUGUUUUUGUAAAGAAUUUCCUUUAGUGACGCUUUUAAAAAAAUAUGGAUAUAGGUCGGUCACUUUCGUGCAAAAACUGUUAAAAGCCGUGGGCAUACUUGUGUUUGCCAUCUUGACAAAUCAUAUCUUUAGCGAGGCAAGGACAAAGGGGCGCAAAGGUUUAAUUUUUCAGUCUGUCAAAUGAGCAGCGAUAGAUUUCGGCAAAAGCCCGCACUUGAACGCGGGGCACGCGGCUCUUGAGUUUGGAGACGCCGGGCUCUUACCUGAGUGUAUGUGAGUUUGUGGGUAUGCAUGCGUGUUACUCACAUUUGCAUUUUGGGUUCUUGACCUUUCAUUAGGUCAACAUUAAAACCUCGGUCAGUAGAUGAAUAUAAUAAAACAAUUAAAUGUUAAUGUAUACCCUACUGUGAGGUAGCAAAGACUGAACCCAGUUGAUUGAAAAACCUUUGACAAGAAAACCAUCUGGAUUACAUUGGCUUGUGCGCUCUCCGGGAGGAAACGGGAGAAAAUUGGAUUGUGGAGUUUACAUCGAGUGAUGGUUAUCUUAUGCCACCGUAAGUCCAGCUGUCAGGACUUGUAACCUACAUGGGACUUUGUUGAUUUUGGAUCGUAGGCCGACCGACACCGACAGCGGUAAUAUCGAUCUGAAUGAUAUUAUCGCGCUUUUAAUUCACUUGCUUCUCUGAGUAUCGCGGAAAAAAAUGGCUGGGUCGGGCUGCUGUUGGAAAUAUUACCUCUGGAUUGUGACGGUAAUGUGCCGAUGUGCAUUACUCAACGCCAAAUCACUGGAGCCUGUGGUAUGGAGCUCACAAAACCCAAACUUUGUGGCAGGGAAGGGUUUGGUGAUUUAUCCUGAGAUUGGAGAUAAGUUGGACAUCAUCUGUCCCAAAGCGGACAUGGGUCGUCCGUACGAGUUUUAUAAACUCUACCUGGUAAAGAAGGACCAGGCGGAGACAUGCAGCACAGUCUUGGAUCCCAACGUUCUGGUCAGCUGCAACAAACCGGAGAAAGACAUCAAAUUCACCAUCAAGUUUCAGGAGUUUAGUCCCAACUACAUGGGCCUGGAGUUCAAAAGAAACGUCAAUUACUACAUCACCUCCACGUCCAAUGGGACUUUGGAGGGACUGGAAAACAGAGAAGGUGGAGUGUGUAGCACACGAUCUAUGAAGAUUAUCAUGAAAGUGGGCCAAGACCCAAAUGCAGUGGUUCCAGAUCCUACUGUGAAGGAGCCGUCUGAGAAAGAGGAGGACAAUGUCAUCAAAAACCCAACCACUAAUCCCCCGAAAAAGACCGACAACCAGAACGAGGCAGGCUGGGAUGGCUCCAACUUACCAGGCAACUCAGGCCCCAGAAAUCAAGAUGACCAGAGCAUCUUCAGUUCCAAACCCGUUCUGUUCAGCAUCAUCGCCGUCAGCUGUGUCGUCUUCCUCCUCAUCAUCAUCAUCCUCAUCGUUCUUCUGCUGAAACUCCGAAAGAGGACCCGCAAACACACGCAUCCCCGUGGCACCGCCCUGUCGCUAAGCACUCUGGCCACGCCCAAAGGCCCUGCCCAGGCCGGCUCUGAGCCCAGUGACAUCAUAAUCCCCCUGCGGACCACGGAAAACAACUACUGCCCACACUAUGAGAAAGUCAGCGGAGAUUAUGGACAUCCUGUCUACAUCGUACAGGAAAUGCCUCCUCAAAGCCCUGCAAACAUCUACUACAAAGUCUGAUAGAGACAGAGACUGAGAGAGGGAGAGAGAG